AUGAUCGACGUGUUCAAAUUCUAUUGUGAAGGGGGAAAGAGUGGUAUGACCGAUAUUCGACCCAAGUCAAUUGGAACUGCUUUGGAACAAGCUCAUGAGCUACGUCACUACUCACUAGUUGCCCACCCGAAUUCCCACCCGCUUCAGGAACCCAUACACCUGAAGCUCCUCAAGCCCAGGAAAGAGCUUAGCUCAAAGGUUACAGCUUGUUCUCCAAGCUAUGGACAAAACAAAGAAAGGCAAAGCAAACUGCCUUGUAGAUUCCAGUAUGAACUCAAGGCAAUUCACUCUUGUAACGAGGGUCAAGUCUUUUCCAAUCCAAUAUGCUCAACCCUGAAUGGGAUUGAUUGGAGGACUGGGUUUGAACCAAUUGAGAAGCGGUUGUUCGCCUGUAAUGUUAUGUUACCUUGGGUGAAAAAAGGAAUAGCCGUUCUCUCCUGA